UGUCAUGGCUUUGACUUGAUGGCGUGUUGAGGUUGAUUCUCAAUUUCGCAUGUUUAUUUCAAUAAUCACGAAGACAAAAAACUACGCUGACUUGUUUCGAUUAUAAUUAUACUGUGUCUACAUCAAUAAUAUAUAACAAAUAAUAUAUAACAUUUUUUUUAGCGGUGGAAGUAUAUCGGCAACAUGAGUCAACUAAGCUCUCCAGUACCCUCUGAUCGAAAUACUGAUGCUAUGACCUCUCCUGCACCUGAUAUAGAUGAACCAUUUGAAGAUGAACCUGAUUUACUUGAUGAAAACAAUGUUAAUAAUGAGGAAGAUGAAGAAGGGGAGGAGUUGUUUGGAGAUAAUAUGGAGGCAGAUUAUCGGCCUAUGUCAGCAUUGGACAGAUAUGAUGACAACUUACUUGACGAUGAAGAUUACUCAGAGAUGUCUCAGGGUGAACGUAUAGCUGCUGAAGUAGAAAUGCGAAAAAGAGAUCGCGCAGCUGGUAUCAUAAGAGACGAUCGUGAUCUGCUUUAUGAUGAAACUGAUGAAGAAGAUGUGCAGGCACGCAAGCGACGUAUGGCUGAAAAAGCUGCUUCUGGUAUAUUAGAAGAUGUAGAGAUGGUCGAAUCUAUCGAAAAUUUGGAAGACACUAAAGGACACUCAGUAAAGGAAUGGGUUAUGAUGCUGGGACCACGGACAGAAAUUUCGAAUCGCUUUAAAAGUUUUCUACGUACUCAUACAAAUUCCAAAGGACAAUAUAUGUAUAAAGAACGUAUUCGUCACAUGUGUGAAAGUAAUCAGUCCAGUUUCAUAGUGGAAUUUCCCAUUCUUGCUAGUAAGGAACAUGUUUUGGCCUAUUUUUUACCAGAAGCACCGUUUCAAAUGCUCGAGAUUUUUGAUGAAGUAGCGAAAGAAUUAGUACUAACAAUUUUUCCCAGUUAUGAAAGAGUUACAUCAGAGAUUCAUGUGAGAAUAUCGGAACUACCAUUGAUUGAAGAACUACGCACGUUCAGAAAGCUCCACUUGAAUCAACUGGUUCGAACUCUCGGAGUUGUGACCGGGACAACAGGAGUUUUGCCCCAAUUGUCAGUAGUAAAGUACGAUUGUACAAAAUGCGGUUACGUUCUCGGACCAUUCGUUCAAUCGCAGAAUACAGAAGUCAAACCAGGCUCGUGUCCCGAGUGUCAGAGUGUCGGCCCAUUCAUGAUCAAUAUGGAGCAAACUGUAUACAGAAACUACCAAAAGAUAACGAUACAAGAAUCCCCGGGUAGGAUACCUGCUGGCAGAAUACCGCGUAGCAAAGAUUGCGUUCUGCUGUCCGACCUUUGCGAUCGUUGCAAGCCAGGCGACGAAAUAGACGUUACCGCUAUUUACACCAAUAACUACGAUGGUUCUUUGAACACUGAACAGGGCUUUCCGGUGUUCUCCACGGUAUUAUUAGCCAACCAUCUGUUCGUGAAAGAUUCGAAAGAAAUCGUAGAUUCGCUGACAGAAGAGGACAUCUCGAGUAUACUCACUUUGAGUAAAGAUCAACGCAUUGCGGAUCGCAUAGUCGCGAGUAUGGCGCCUUCGAUUUACGGACAUGAAAACAUCAAGAGAGCCUUGGCACUGGCGAUAUUCAGUGGCGAGCCGAAGAAUCCUGGUAACAAGCACAAAGUUCGUGGCGAUAUAAACAUUCUGCUGUGUGGAGAUCCCGGCACCGCUAAAUCGCAAUUUUUGAAGUAUGUGGAGAAAGUGGCACCGAGAGUCGUCUUCACCACAGGUCAGGGCGCCUCGGCCGUUGGUCUGACCGCUUACGUGAGGAGGUCGCCAAUCAGCAAAGAAUGGACUUUGGAAGCUGGAGCUUUGGUUCUGGCCGAUCACGGGAUAUGCCUUAUUGAUGAAUUCGAUAAAAUGAAUGAUCAGGACAGGACGUCUAUUCACGAAGCUAUGGAGCAGCAAAGUAUUUCUAUUUCUAAGGCCGGCAUUGUCGCGUCUCUUCACGCCAGAUGCGCAGUGAUAGCGGCAUCUAAUCCUAUCGGUGGUCGAUACGAUCCUAGCAUGACUUUUUCGGAAAAUGUGGAUUUAUCAGAGCCAAUUCUCUCGCGAUUCGAUGUAUUAUGCAUAGUCAAAGACGAGGUCGAUCCCAUGCAGGAUCGUCAUCUGGCCAAGUUUGUCGUUAACUCGCACAUCAAACAUCACCCGACAAGCACGGAAAGAACGCAGGCCGUGGAAUUGGAUCCCGCCCUGCAGAGUCUAUUAAUUCCACAAGAUCUUCUUAAAAAGUAUAUCGUUUACGCAAAGCAGAACGUACAUCCAAAGCUGACCAGCAUUGAUCAGGAUAAAGUGGCGAAAUUGUACAGUCAGUUGAGACAGGAAAGCUUGGCGACUGGAAGCUUGCCGAUCACUGUGCGUCAUAUAGAAAGUAUAAUUCGUAUGGCGGAAGCCAGUGCUAAAAUGCAUUUAAGGGAUCACGUUCAAGAGAGUGAUAUGAAUCUCGCUAUCAGAAUAAUUCUCGACAGUUUCGUCGACACGCAGAAAUAUUCAGUCAUGAAAUCUAUGCGUCAGACGUUCCAGAAAUAUCUGUCGUACAAGAAAGAUCACAGUGAACUCUUGUAUUAUAUACUACGACAAAUUACUUUGGAUACUUUGGCGUUUCAAAAGGCUUUACAUGGCGGACGCAUUACGACUGUCGAGAUUUCUGAAAAGGAUUUGGUUGAACGGGCGAAACAAAUUAAUAUACAUAAUCUGCAUCCGUUUUAUGAGAGUGAGAUAUUCAAGGCAAACAAUUUUGUUUACGAGCCAAGAAGGAAAGUGAUAGUGCAAACUUUGCCAGAAGGCAUCGAAGAUUGAUUUGAAAAAGAGCGACGUAUUUUUACACAUAUAUUUAAGUCAUAUGUAAACAGUGGUUUUUUUUUAAAUCUAUUUCACGUAACGAAACUGUUU